GGCAUUUCGACGUGUGCCCUUUCAACAACCAACCUGCCAGUUCCUUUUCAAAUUCCCAUCAAGCAACCACACGAUGGCUUCAAAAGGACUGGUGGUAUUCGACUAUGACCGGAGUUUGAUAGACGACAACUCGGACACGUACAUCUUUCACCAAGUGCAGCCAGAGCUCGUGGUGCACUUGAAGGAACUGACCGCCGCCGGUGUCCAGUGGACACAAGCUGUGGAUCAAGCGCUGUCAAAGUUGAACUGCUCCAAGGAAACAUUGAUCGACGUCAUCGGCCGCAUCCCCGUGCAAGACGGCAUGCUGGACGCUGUGCACUUGGCACACGAGCGCGGCUGGGAAGUUGCCAUCGUUAGCGACGCCAACACGGUGUUCAUUGAUGCCUUUCUCAACCUCCACAACUUGACGUCGAUCAUCACCCAAGUUUUCACCAACCAUUCCGCGUUCCAAGGCGAUACGCUGCAUGUGACACCGUACCAUCCCCUGGACCAGCCGCCCCACGGAUGUCCUCGGUGCCCCACCAACAUGUGCAAAGGCUCGAUCGUAAAGCAAAUCAAGGCGUCGGCAGAGUACACAAAGAUCUUGUACAUUGGUACGAGGCACAAUACUUAUGUUAUUCGUGGUCAAUGGCAUACCAUGAUUGCAACUAUUGGACUGAUUUCCGUUUCUGUAGGCGACGGCGGUGGCGACUUUUGCCCCGUUGCUACUGAAUUGUCGAGCAACGACGUUGUGUUUGCCCGGGAAAAGUACGAGUUGCUGCACAAGGUCCAGCAAACCCCCGUCCUCGCCACGGUAGUGCCCUGGAACACUGGCUUUGACAUCCUCAAGGGGUUCCAAGCGCAUAUUGCAUGACCUGAUCGCAUCAAACACACGUGGGUAAAUGCGGUGAUACAGAAGUGGUUUACACGCAAUUGGCUAGCGUAAACAAUACCAACAACAUGGAAAUUACUUCGAAG